CCUGGACACGAGAGGGCAGAUGCCACAUCGCAGAAGCUCAUGGGUUUCUGGAGGUUUCCGAGGAAACGGAAGGGGUUCCGUGGCCAGACAAGCUGUGGCCCCUGGGUUGGGCAGCGUCAAUCAGACCAAGUCCUGGUUUGAACGUGUUUGAGUGUUCACGUAGCCGCCUUGUCCACACCUCAGGACGACCCCAGGAAGAGGCACUUUCUCAAUAACCCAUUUUACAGAUGAAGGAGGUGAGGCUCAGACAGGUGGAGUAGCUGUCUUGGGGUGGGGGAUGGGGUAAAUGCUGCCUCAGGCCACCCUCAGGCAGGGUCCCUACGGAGAGGUGUCCCUGUGGCCCGGAGCCCUGCUCUGCCACGUGGCUUCUUUCCCGACAAAGGGAGCCCCGCCGCCCAGUGAGGAGGGUGGCGGUGGUGUGGUGGUGUGCCGGGAGGCCUGGUUCCUCAGAAAGGCAUCCCCUGCACCUCUUCUUGCCUGCUCAGGGCCCUUGCAGCCUCCAUGAAGGGCUCCCGGGCCGCCAGCGCUCCCUCCGGCCCCCCCGAGGGCAGCCCAGAAGGUGUGAACCUGAGCCUGACGGGCCUCCCUCCGCCCGUGUCCUGGCGCCCCAACAGCGCCUCCGCCGCCAAGCCUAUUGCCCGCUCCUUCUCCGCGGUCUCGGGCAGUGAGCCAAGGAGGAAGGCGCUGGAGGCCACAGGGCCCGGAGGUUCCCGAACCAUCAACAACCUUCGCAGGUCUAACAGCACCACGCAGGUCCACCAGCCACCAGCCGGCCAGGCGUGGACCGGCCCCCUCAGGCCAGCCGAGGACCCCCACUUCCUGACACUCUUUGAGGGCAGCCCUGGUGGGAAAAAGAGGCUGACCGGUCUAAGCAAGGCCCCCAGCGAGAGGGGAGCCACGUGGAAUGUCCUGGAUGACCACCCCAGGGCCUUCGACUCGCCACCCGACUCCGGGAGUCCUGGCACCCUCAGCGCGCCGGUGGGCCCACGGAGGAGAGAGUGCACCGUCCCCCUGGCCCCCAACUUCACUGCCAACAACAGGAGCAACAAGGCUGCCGUGGGCAACCGCGUCACCACCAUGCUGCACAACCGCUACACCCCCUCGGAGAAGGCGCCGCCGCCCAAGAGCUCCAACCACACGGCUCCCUCCCUCAACAAUAUCCUCAAGGCGGGCCCGGUGAGGGGGAGAGCGGCGGCCUCCGGGAAGCCACACAAGAACUUUUCCAGCAGCAACCACGUGGCCCAGAACAACGCCGCCACCCCGGGCCUGCUCAGACGGAAGGAGGUGACAAGAGGAGAGGCCGAGAGGUACAGCCACCAAGACAACGGGGCUGCCGUCACCAUCCAGCGCUGGUACGGCCAGCAGGUGCAGAGGCGCCAGGCCCAGAGCCGCCCGCCGGGAGCCACCUGCUCGCCGCCGAAGCGAGAGGAACAGCGGCAGCAGCUGGGAGACAGGAACGUGCCGGACCUGCAGCAACAGAAGGAGGCGGCCAGGAGGAAGGUCCGGGAGGAGAAGGCGCGCCAGGCCAGGCGAUUGGCCGUUCAGGAGCUCCAGCAGCAGAAGCGAGCCCAGAAGUCAGGCGACCCUGAGCCUGGGCUGCAGAAGGAAGCGCGAGAGACCGAGAAGCCCCAGCCCGCUCAAGAGUCCGCCCUGAGGCCGGGCAGCACCGCUCGGGCCCACCAGACCCACAAGGCCAACACCAGCGCGGGAGCUGGCUUCCGUUCGCAGGCGCAGAGGACCCCUGCCAGCUGGCCUCCAACUCCUCCCAGAGCCCCGGCAGUUUCCAGAGAACGAGCCUCAGGAUGCCGGCUCCCAUGGACGUGGCCAGUGAGGACCUGGAGGUGGUGGGCCCGCCAAGGGGCCCAGUCCAGGGCGACCCUGGACGAGCUGUUGGCCACGCUAAGGCUGCUGGGGGAGAGCCCCGACCGCUGCCCACCCCAGGGCCUAUACAGGACAAAUUACUCCUGGACCGACGAGGAGGACGAUCCAGAGCUCCUGACAGCAGACAACGAGAGGUUUGGGAGGCUCGGCACGUGUGCCAGUCCCCCCGAAGACGGGACUCUGCUCGAGCCCAAGCUGCAGAGUAUCAUGAGCUUCUGCACGAUGGAGACAGUCGGGCCAGCGCCGGCCUCAGCCCCUCAGGGGCUGGUGCCGGACGAGGGGCGCCUGGAGCCCACGUCCACGGUGAGCUCGUCUGUGAUGCGGCUGAAGCUGGAGGUGGAAGAGAAGAAGCAGGCAGUGGGGCUGCUGCAGAAAGCGCUGGUGCAGCAGCGGGACCUCAGCCGUCCUGCGAGGUCAAGGAGGACUGAGAAGGAACUGGGCCGGCAGCUGCGGCAAGCCAGAGGGACCACUACGAGGGCCACCACCAUCCAGCGGCAUUCUGUCUACUUCAUUGACCAGCUGAUUGAAGACAAGAAGGCCCUGGCAGAGAGGUGCGAGGCCGUGGUGGCGGAGCUGACAGGGGACCAGAGGCGCAGGGACAGGGAGGCCCAGGUGCAGGCACAGCAUGAGCUGGAGAUUAAGAAACUCAAAGAACUAAUGAGUGCCACUGAGAAAGUCCGCAGAGAGAAGUGGAUCAAUGAGGAAACCCGAAAAAUCAAGGAAAUUACAGUCCGAGGUGGGGACCGCCCGGAGAUCCAGAAGCUGAUCGCCAAGCAUAAGCAGGAGCUGAAGAAGCUCAAGGGCCUGCACGAGGCGGAGCUGCUGCAGGCGGACAGCCGCGCGGCGCAGCGCUACGGCCGCCAGGUGGAGGAAGCUGCGGAGCACUUGGAGCGCGAGAAGGAGGCGCUGGGCCAGCAGGAGCGGGAGCGCGCCCAGCAGCGGCAGCGGGCAGAGCUGGAGGAGCUGAGGCAGCAGCUGGAGGAGAGCAGCGCUGCCGAGGGCCGGGCCCUCACCGAGUUUGAGAAGGGGAGAGAGGAACAGGAGCGCCGGCACCAGGUGGGCAAGCCCGCCCUGAAGGACCAGCUGGAGGUGGAGCGACAGAUGUGGGAGGCCAGCUGUGCCAAGAAGGAGGAGGCGUGGCUGCACCGGGAACGGGAGCUGAGGGAAGAAAUCCGAAGAGGCCGGGACGAGGAGAUCGAGCUGGUCAUCCGCCGGCUGGAGGCAGACAUGACGCGCGCCAGGGAGGAGAUGCGAGCGGGCCGCCGAGAGCCGCGUCAGGCGCAUCCGGACAAGUACGAGACGGAGCUCCGGAGCUGGAGCGGUCGGAGCGGAAAGCUGCAGGAAAGGAACGGUGUGCGGGAGAUGAAGGGGCGCCUUGGGAGGGCCGAGGGGGAGAACCUGCGUCUGCAGGGCCUGGUGCGGCAGAAGGAGAGGGAGCUGGCCGACGCGGCGGCGGUGAACGAGCAGCUGGUCAGCGAGCGGAGCGGACUGGCCGAGGUGCUCCGCCAGGAGUUCGCCGACCGCCUGGCAGCCUCCGAGGAGGAGACCCGGCAGGCCAGGGCCCAGCUGGAGCAGCUGACCCGGGAGAAGCAGACGGAGCUGGAGGAGGUGCACGGGAGGGUGAAGGUGGCCCUGGCAAAGAAGGAGGAGGCGGUGCGCGGCCUCCGGAAGCAGCACGAGGCCGCCGUGAAGCGGGCCGACCAGCUGGAGGAGCUGUUGGAGCAGCGCAGGCGGCCGUUCCCGAGCGCCAAGUGACCGAGAGCAGCCCGGACCGGCGGGGACAGCAGGGCUGAGGGCGCCGGCGGGGCGUGGCCCCCGGUCAGGCCCUGGCCUUCCCUCCCCCUUCCCUCCCUCCGCCCUGGGCUCAGGUCAUCCUGAGGCUAGAGCGCCGGGGCUGCAUUUUAACAGUAAAGAGGUGUUUUUAGUA